CCUCCCACAGAAGCCCUGCCUCCUCACGCUGGGACAGUGGAGAGGUUGGCUUUCUUUCUCCUUCUAGUUCUGUCCUUUGACUAAUGGGAAAGACCACGCAGACGCUAUGGAGUUGCUUUUUGUGCCUGACAAAAGUGCAUAGAUAGAAGACAGGGAUUCCCGGCUGGGAGGAGGGAGGAGAGCUGAAGAUCCCUGCCCAGGCUGGCCGGUCCAAGCAGUCAAAGUGGGAAGCUGAGUGCUUGAAAGAGGAUUAUGCUCGCAGUAGAAAUAAGCAGUAAGUGAGCGAAUAACCAUUAUGGCUUAGAAAAGGUUUAAUCCUCCUGGGGUUAUGGGGUGAACUAGAAAAUAUUGCUUAACUCAAGAGGAAAACUGCUUCUGACUCUGUGUACAAUUGUCUGCUGUUUGGAGACUAAGGGCUUAAGUACAAACCCAGAGCUCUAAAUGCCUCCUCCCACUCUUGGAAAAUGCCAACUUCUCCUUACAGUAGUUGGGGAUAUAAUCUCCUUCCCUGACCUAGCCUCUUCCUGGGAAGAUUUACUACUAAACCAGAUAAGGAAUUGAGAUUAAAUUGGAAAGGUGGAAUCUGGUACUGGCAGAAAUGGCAAUUUUGAAUUAUGUUCUGUGAAUGCUAACAUUCUUAUAUCUAUUAGUGGUGAUUUGCUAAUCACAAGAAAGUCUGGGGUGGGUCCUUAAAAAGAAAAACUGAAAGCCCUUAUGACAGAGAAGCUGAGUAGUCCAUAUGUGUGAGAUGAAAUAUAAAAAUGUAUAUAAUUAAUAAUGGGGGGGGUUGAGCAUUAAACUAGGACCGCCAUCAGGGAACAUAGAAAUGCUUGGAUAAAAAUUAGUUAGAAAAAGAGAAAUUUUAGUUUCAAUGACUUUUUGUGCUAGCCAAAAAUUUCCUAAUGAUUACGAAGUCAAGACAGUGAUUCAGGGAUGCUUUGAUUAUUUUGGUACAUUAUAUAUAUGGUUGCUGGGCAAGAUCUGUGGUUCUCUAGUCACUGAGUUCUGGCAAUGUAGCCACUGCUGCUGGUACAAAGAAUUCUGGGAUGUCUGACAGUGAAAUGGAUGGAAGGACCCACAUUCCAUCUCUACUUAAUGUCCUUUUGUCCAGAAAUCGGGUCAUGCAAAUGAGCUACUUGAAAAGUAAAGAAAAAGGAUAUGGAAAACUAAGCAGUGAUGAAGACCUGGAAAUAAUUGUUGAUCAGAAGCAGGUAGUAGGUGUAACCUUGAAGAAAAAGUGGCACUGUCUUCAAAAAAGUGACCUGACCCUGGCUUUGGGAAAAGGCUCUAGGGCGGCAGAUAAGGCUGUUGCCAUGGUGAUGAAGGAGAUACCGAGGGAGGAGUCUGCUGAAGAAAAGCCCCUCCUUACUAUGACAUCACAGCUGGUGAAUGAACAGCAAGAAAGCAGACCCCUCCUGAGUCCCUCCAUCGAUGACUUUCUCUGUGAAACCAAGUCGGAGGCAAUAGCAAGGCCAGUAACGUCCAACACAGCCGUGUUGACCACAGGCUUAGAUCUCCUUGACCUGAGUGAACCCGUCUCUCAAACCCAAACCAAAGCCAAGAAGUUGGAGGCCUCGUCGAAAACAUCAUCCCUCAAGAAAAAGACCGACGCAUCUGACCUCAUCAGUGCAGACGCUGAGCAGAGAGGUCAGGCUCUCCGAGGCUCGGACACGGCAUCCUUAGACUUAGACAUUCAAACACAACUGGAAAAAUGGGAUGAUGUUAAGUUUCAUGGAGAUCGAAAUGGCAAGGGGCAUCCCAUGACAGAGAGAAAAUCCUGCUCAUCUAGAACUGGGUCAAAAGAACUUUUAUGGUCCUCAGAGCACAGAUCUCAACCAGAACUGAGUGGUGGGAAAAGCACCUUGAACUCUGAGUCGGCUUCGGAGCUGGAAUUAGUGCCUCCAACACAGGCUCGACUGACCAAAGAACAGCGUUGGGGAAGCGCUUUGCUUUCCAGAAACCACUCCUUAGAAGAGGAAUUUGAAAGGGCAAAAGCAGCAGUGGAGUCAGAUACAGAGUUUUGGGAUAAGAUGCAAGCAGAAUGGGAAGAAAUGGCCCGGAGGAACUGGAUCUCCGAGAACCAGGAAGCUCAGAACCAAGUUACAGUCUCAGCCAGCGAGAAGGGGUAUUACUUUCACACUGAAAACCCCUUCAAGGACUGGCCAGGAGCGUUUGAAGAAGGCUUAAAAAGGCUGAAGGAAGGAGACCUGCCAGUCACCAUCCUGUUCAUGGAGGCGGCAAUUCUUCAGGACCCCGGAGAUGCAGAGGCUUGGCAGUUCCUCGGGAUAACCCAAGCAGAGAAUGAAAACGAACAAGCAGCGAUUGUUGCCCUCCAGAGGUGCUUAGAAUUGCAGCCCAACAACUUGAAAGCUUUGAUGGCUUUGGCUGUGAGUUACACUAACACUGGCCAUCAGCAGGAUGCCUGUGAAGCUUUAAAGAACUGGAUUAAACAAAAUCCAAAGUACAAAUACCUUGUGAAGAGCACGAAGGGAUCUCCAGGCCUCACCCGGCGGAUGUCUAAGUCUCCGGUUGACAGCUCUGUUCUGGAAGGAGUGAAGGAAUUAUAUCUAGAAGCUGCCCACCAAAAUGGAGAUAUGAUUGACCCAGAUCUACAGACAGGUCUGGGAGUACUGUUCCACCUGAGCGGAGAAUUUAACAGAGCAAUAGAUGCAUUUAAUGCUGCGUUAACUGUUCGGCCAGAGGACUAUUCAUUAUGGAAUCGUCUGGGGGCGACCUUGGCAAAUGGAGACCGCAGCGAGGAAGCAGUGGAGGCCUACACGCGAGCGCUGGAGAUUCAGCCGGGCUUCAUCCGGUCCAGAUACAACCUGGGGAUAAGCUGCAUCAACCUGGGAGCCUACAGAGAAGCAGUCAGCAAUUUUCUCACUGCCCUCAGUUUGCAAAGAAAGAGCAGGAAUCAACAGCAAGUUCCUCAUCCUGCAAUCUCUGGGAACAUCUGGGCUGCCCUCCGAAUCGCCCUUUCUCUGAUGGACCAACCGGAACUCUUCCAGGCAGCUAAUCUCGGUGACCUGGAUGUCCUCCUAAGAGCUUUCAACUUGGAUCCUUGAAGGAAAAGAAAAAAGUAAAAAAUAAUAAUCCCUCAUCUGUGUAAUUAUACCGAGAAAUACAAAACUAUUUUAUUAUGAAUUCCAACAAGGAUAAAAUGGAUGUUCAAAGACCAUGGUGAUGUAACCCAAGAGAAUUCCUACAGAUAAUGCCCAGUUUUGUUCGGAUCCAAAAGCACAAAAUGUUGCAUACAGAGUCAGGGUUGGGCUCGAAAGAAGAACGGAGAGACACAAGACAACCCAAGAUAAAGUAUCGGUACGUGAACGCUCUUCACAAGCUGCAAACGUAUUGCAAGUAUUUUCUUUGGGGUUUUGUCCCCACUUGCAGCUGGUGACGCAUCUAAGGAACUUGCUCAUGGGAUACCUAGAGGAAGCACUGCCUCGGAUCAGGGACUUCUGACUGUUUCUGAACUGUCCCCUGAAAUUCCCCCCUUCCCAGAUUGAACAUAGUUUGAGCCAAGGUGCAUGCACAUAUAUUAACUCUUGACUGAAGAGAGGCAUUGCUUAAACCUGUUCCAGUUUUAGCUUUUCCUGUAGCCCUUUGAUUCCAGAGAGGGAGCUUUGCUGGCAAAAGCUGUUUUUGCACUAGAAAUUUUUGCUGUUCCCAAUUAAAACUUUUCUGGGACUGUAAA